UAUGUUGUUUGUUCGGCAACAGAUGCUUUUAGAGGAUAGACUUGCCGCUUAUUUCAUUGGCUGUCGGCGUUUCGUUGAUAUCUUGGUAUCGUCUGCGCAUCGACCUACCUUUGGAGGUAUAGAUGCACUGGUUGAACAUAAUCUAGUCGGGAGGCCACCUGUCGCGGAAAAUGAUCCGAUUCAUAGUCUCUCAAUCUUUUUGUGCCAGCACUUGACCAGGAAACCGCCUUGUUCACACCUAGAAUACGUCUCUAGACCAAAUAUCAAGAUCCAGAUACAAUGGCACCCCUAGCUCCUCAUCCCUUGGACCCAUUGCGGCCAGAAGAAAUUUCCAAGACAGUCAGCAUUCUAAACAAUGCAUACAAGGGCCAUACACUGGUCUUUCGAGUGAUAACGCUUGCGGAGCCUCCAAAGGCGGUCAUGGUACCCUUCCUUGAAGCAGAGCAUCAGGGAAUCAUUGAUCAGCCGCCGCCACGUUGUGCUCGUGUACAGUUCUACCAAGAUGUCGCCGCCCAAUUUUACGAGGCACUUGUGGAGCUGGAGACAGCAAAGAUACUUCGCCAAGAACACCUUCCGGGGAGGCACUCUUAUGUCGAUUCCACCGAGAUGGAGGCGGCAGAGAGAGCAUGCCUGAAUGCUGCCGAAGUUCAGGAUGUAAUCCGCAAGCUUGGGCUACCUGAAGGAGCUACUGUCUGUAUAGAACCAUGGACCUAUGGCACCGAUGGCAUGAACGAUAUGGCCGAGCGGAUCAUCAUGUGUUACUUCUACAUGCGACUUUCUGAACAUGGCGAUGCCAAUCAUUACGCAUAUCCGCUGGACAUCUGCGUAGAAAUGUCUGGAGAUUUGAAGGUGAAACGAAUUCUCUCACUGCCAUCAGGGCAGAAUGAUCGCUGUGGAGAAGUCAGCCAAGUAGGAGUACAGCCUUUUGACAGAAACAAAAUUCACUCUACUCGCGAGUAUCAUCCUGACCUUGUAACCGAAAGACGGACGACAACGAAACCCUACUAUGUCGUCCAGCCAGAAGGUCCUUCCUUUGAGGUUUCUGGAAAUUUGCUCACUUGGGAAAAAUGGAGGAUGCGAGUGGGAUUCAAUUACCGCGAAGGCCUAACAUUGCACGAUAUUACAUACGAUGGUAGAAGUGUGUUCUACCGGCUCUCAUUGUCUGAGAUGUUUGUUCCUUAUGGUGACAGUCGAGCUCCAUAUCCGCGGAAGGGUGCCUUUGACCUCGGCAGCAACGGUGCUGGUGUGAAUGCGAAUGCGCUUAAUCUGGGCUGUGAUUGCUUAGGGCAUAUUAAGUACUUUGAUGGUUACCAUCAUACCAUUGCCGGAGACCCUGUCGUUCUUCCAAAUGUCGUUUGCUGUCAUGAAAUUGACGAUGGAAUUUUGUGGAAGCACACAAAUUAUCGCACAACUAACGCCGUCGUGACUCGGUCCCGUAUACUGGUGCUUCAGACAAUAAUCACCGUCGGAAACUACGAAUAUAUCUUUGCUUUCCAAUUUACACAAGAUGCUCAAGUCAAUUACGAAGUCAGAGCAACUGGUAUCUUAUCUACAGCACCUAUUAAUCUAGGAGAUAGCGUACCUUAUGGCACCAUGCUUGGACCCGGAGUAAUGGCUCCAUACCACCAACAUCUGUUCUCAUUAAGAAUCGAUCCAGCUGUGGAUGGCCAGAAGAACUCUCUGAUGGUGGAGGAAUCGCAGCCAAUGCUAGUGGACGAUCCAGCUGUCCACAAUCCCUUUGGGGUUGGCUACACCACGGUCACGAAGCCUGUUGAACAUGAAACACCGCUUGAUACAGAUGUCAGCAAAGGCCGCGUCUUCAAGAUUGUGAAUGAAAAUGUGAUCAAUCCGAUUACAGGUGGCCCUGUUGGAUACAAGCUGGUCCCCCAUUACUCGCAAAUGGUGCUGGCCCAUCCCUCGUCUUAUCAUUUCAAACGAUCCGAAUUCGGUGAGCACGCUGUAUGGGUAACCAAGUACCAUGAAGACGAGCUAUUUAGCUCUGGACAAUUCACCAUGCAGUCACUUGGGGGAGAGGGUAUCGCGUCUUGGAUUCGGUCAAGGGCACCCCUUGAUAUUCGUAAUGAAGAUAUUGUCGUUUGGCACACGUUUGGUACCACUCAUAACCCGCGAGUCGAGGAUUGGCCGGUGAUGCCGGCGGAGAAAAUGCUCGUGUCGCUGAAGCCAGUGAAUUUCUUUACUGAAAACCCUGCCAUAGAUGUUCCCAUUAGCACGCAGGAACGGAACGGCAGUGUGCUUGUGAAGAGCAAUGGAGAUGGGAAGCCCUGCUCCCAGCAGAAUACUCCCCAAGAACACGCGUCUUGUAACCAGUAAUAGGGUUGUGAUCACUAUUGUUUAUCUACUUUCAGAUACCGA